CCUUCCAAUUUCAUAAGCUCUUCUUAGAAUAAAUACUUCAAAUGGUUUAACAACAGUGUUAGUAUUAACAAGCUCAUUAAUCUAAUGGGGUUUUUCUCUUGUUUCUUCUUCUCUUUCCUUCUCCUCUCUCAUCACGCUUUGACCACAAAUGCAUUCGUUGGAACAUAUGGUGUAAACUAUGGAAGAAUAGCUGAUAAUCUCCCACCUCCAGAGAGUGUAGUAACCCUCCUUAAAGCCGCGAAAAUAAAGAACACAAGGAUUUACGAUGCUGAUCAUAGUGUUCUAACCGCGUUUGCAGAUAGUGGAAUCGAAAUAAUUAUAGGACUUGGCAAUGAAUUCUUGAUGGAAAUAGCUGCAAAUGGAGAUCGUGCUAUGGGAUGGAUAAAAGAGAACGUACAACCAUAUCUUCCUAGGACUAAAAUUGUUGGUAUUGCGGUUGGUAACGAGGUCUUAGGUAGCACGGGUGAUCCAGCCAUAUGGGGAGCAUUAGUAGGCGCGGUGCGAAAUGUCUAUCUUGCCCUUGAUCAUCUCCAAUUAGCUAGGACAAUUCAAGUCUCAAGUCCUCACUCGGAGGCUGUCUUUGCUACAUCUUUCCCUCCUUCGGCAGGGGCAUUUAGGGAAGAAAUAUUACCUUACAUGAAGCCGCUUUUACAAUUUUUUGGCCAAAUUGGUUCUCCUUUUUACAUAAAUGCCUACCCUUUUUUAGCUUAUAUAAGUGAUCCUACACACAUUGAUAUCAAUUAUGCCCUUUUUAAGAAAAAUAAGGGCAUUUUCGACUCGAAAACUAAACUUCACUAUGAUAACAUGUUCAUGGCUCAAAUUGAUGCUGCUUAUGCUGCAUUGGAGAAAGUUGGGUUUGGGAAGAUGGAAGUGAUCGUUUCUGAAACCGGGUGGGCGUCUAAAGGAGACCCGAAUGAGAUUGGAGCAACGGUUAAAAAUGCAAAGACUUAUAAUGGUAAUUUGAAGAAAUUGUUGUACAAAAAGAAAGGAACACCUUAUAGACCACAUAUACCUAUUAAGGCAUAUGUGUUUGCCUUGUUUAAUGAAGAUUCGAAACCAGGACCUCUUUCUGAGAGAAACUUUGGAUUGUUUAAGGCUGAUGGUAGUGUUGCAUAUAAGAUUGGUUUCACUGGUAUUGGUAAUUCAGCUCCCUCAUCCAUGUUUUCCUUCAAGGCACUUGGAACUCAAGGGUGGUUUGGAUGCUCCUACUUGUUAAUCAUCACAAUUUGUACAGCCUCUAUACUUUUGAAUUAAUCUCCUGAAUUUUGUGGGGAAUUUCUUUUCAUUGAGCAACCUGUAAUUUAUGUAUAAGGUGAAUUGUAGAGCUUACUUACUAAUUUGUACAGAAUACAUAAUUUCAUUACUAAAUUCUUGAACGUCUGACUUAAAUCUACUUGAAGAAACUUCUUUCUUAUCUA